AUGGACAAACCUCGGAUGGAGACAGUCUCGUGCCCGACGCAGUUUUGGCGAAUGUGUUUACCGCAGAGACAGUGGAACCAACAUCAUCGCUCUUUGAAGGCUACGCAACAGCGCAUAACGACUCUGAUGAACCAGUAUUCGAACACGUCCAUGUGCCGCCACCCGCUCCCGACGAACCAGUUCACUCGUGGCAGUUCUCUGAGAAAGCUCUCCGUUAUUUCAACCACUGCAAGACCAGCCCCCCUUGUCAUUCCGACAGACGACGACCCUUUGUGGGGAUCUUCGGAUGACUUCCUGCUCUCAAAGCUGCAAGGUGGCCACACCUCGAUCCAUUCGGUCUCGUCGGUGUCUGUGUCGAGCGCGACGUCAAGAAUUCUCUGGAGGAGCAAGUCAAACAUUGGCUCAAUCUAUACGACAGCGAUUUUCGGUGCGACCCGUCUUUCCCGUUCAUCAUCUCGAACAUUCUCCGCCGACGAGACGUGUUUCGCCACCUCGCUUUUCGGGUCCCCAAAGAGAAGGUGGCUCGAAUCGCAGCAGCACUGCUCGAAAUUUACCGCAUAUCGACCGUAUUCUGGCGUUUCGUCCAAGCACACGCGUACUUCAACCAGGCGAGACAAGCCCCACACGCUCGCUUUCAGUUCGUGCCGCAUCGGAUCCGGGUACAUGCCAGGAAGAAGCCCCUCUUCAUGCAAGUCACGCAUACAAUCAACUGA